AUGUCUUACCCAUAUCAUCUCGCGCUUGCGGAGACUGAUGUAAGCUCGAGGAACUUCUGUAAUUUGAUUGAUGCCGCCGUUAUGCUAUACGAAGAAGAGCACCGUAACAAAGGAAAAUCCAAAUGCCACACGAAGACAACUCCCUCUGAAGAAGAAGAGAGUGACAAGAUGAGUUUCUUACAUAACUUCCGGAGAAAAAGAAGGUCUUCGGUUGCUUCUAGUAGAAGAAACCCGGAACAAAACCACGAAAACUUAAAUGGUGCUUCUACUUCUUCAUCGCUCGUCGAGCUGAACACAAUCUCCGUUGAUUCUAACCCACGAAACCCUCUUCAGUGGCUUCCUUCUUCUUCAUCAUCAUCAUCGCUUCUCAACCAACAAAACCCUCCUUCUUCUUCAACCUUACUCGUCGAAGACAACACGCCUGAGUUAUACAAGAAGGAGAUGACGAUAAUCCCACCAAACCCUAAUUCCCAAUCGUGCAAAACAAGCAACACAAAGCGCAAGAGACGUGCCGUGCAAGAGACUAGUACCACUACUGUUAUUAAUUCCAAGAAACCAAAGCUUACUCCUUAUUUGUGGAAAGGGAAAGAAGCUCCAGAGUGGCUUGUCCAAUUGAUUAAAGACAUGGAGGAACAUGAAGGGAGAGCCUCAGAACUUAUCCGGUCCUGCCUGGGGCCUUCAGUCUCAGAAGCCCGAGGCUCAUCUUUGAGAAGACUCUGA